GUUGAAACUCGUUGCAGGCGAUAGAUCGACUCUUUUAGUGAACAAGAUAGCAACAAAAUAACACAAUGAUUAUUCGACUUUUGACAAUCGGCCUCUGCUUGAUCUCAGGAAUCACUUCAGCACCACGCAGCAUAGCAAAGAAUGGAAAUAACUUUCAAUUUAUAAUCUUGCAUAACAAUGAUAUGCAUGCACGAUUUGAACAGACAGGUGUACUCAGUAAUAAGUGCAGUAAGGCUGAUGCAGACGCCAAUAAAUGCUAUGGUGGAUUCGCACGAGUUGCACAUGAAGUUAGAGAGUAUCGAAAGCAAGCUGAGGAUGGGAAAAUUCCUAAAGUUUUAUAUUUAAAUGCUGGUGAUACUUACACUGGGACGCCUUGGUUUUCCCUUUACAAAGACAAAAUUGCUUCGGAUUUCUUGAAGAUAUUGAAACCUGAUGCGAUUUCACUUGGAAACCAUGAAUUCGAUGAAGGAAGCGAAAAUCUAGCAAAAUUCUUGAACGAAAUCGAUUUCCCUGUUCUUGCGGCAAAUCUGGACCUUGAGAAAGAACCACAACUUCAAACUGAGUACUUAAAGCCGUCAACUGUCUUUACACUCGAUGGGCGAAAAAUUGGAAUUAUCGGAUAUUUAACACCAGAAACUAAAGAAGUUGCAAUCCAAAAUGAUGUUGAAUUUAUCGACGAAGUUGUUGCUUUAAAUAAAGAAGCAGAGAAAUUGAAAGUUGAAGGUGUCAAUAUUAUCAUCGCAUUAGGUCAUUCAGGAUAUGAACGCGACAAAGAAAUUGCAGAACAAUGUCCUGACAUUGAUUUGGUGAUUGGUGCUCACACAUUUCUCUUCACUGGUCAGUCACCAGACAUUGAAAAACCUUUGGGAGAUUUCCCAACAUGGGUGACACAACCAAAUGGAAAGAAAGUUCCCGUCGUUCAAGCUUAUGCGUUCACUAAAUAUCUCGGAUAUUUACAUCUUGAAUUUGAUGAUGAUGGCAAUUUAAUUGAAAUUGAUGGAACGCCAAUCUUGUUAAAUGCUUCAAUUCCACGGGAUCCCGACGUUCUUGCUUUGCUUGAAACUUAUCGACCCGGCAUUUUAGAACUAGAAAAUGAUAUUGUCGGAAUAACAAAAGUUCUUCUCGAUGGAUCAUGUCGAAGAAAUGAAUGCAACUUGGGAAACUUCUUAGCUGAUGCAAUGGUUGAUUGGUAUGCAUUCAAAUAUGAAUCAAACGAAUUUUGGACUGAUGCAUCGAUUGCCUUAUUACAAGGUGGGGGAAUUCGAGCUUCUAUCGAUCAUAGAUCGAAUAAUGGUGAAAUAACAAAAGAAGACGCUGCCACAGUACUUCCAUUUGAAAGUAAAAUUGAAGUCGUUGAAGUGAGUGGAAAAGCUUUAUUGGAAGCACUCGAGCAUUCAGUUCAUCGAUUCACAGAUGGUGAACCGCGUGGUGAAUUUCUUCAAUUGUCGGGAGUGCAAGUUGUUUAUGACAUGAAUAAACCAUCUGGUCAACGUGUUGUCGAAGCGAAAGUUCUUUGCGCAAAGUGUGCGAUUCCAGAACUGCAAGAAAUCAACGAAACAGAGAUGUACAAGAUUAUAAUGCUUGACUUUUUAGCUGAUGGCGGUGAUGGGUUUGAAAUGUUCAAAGGAAAAUCAGUGCAAAAGUUUGAUGAACUUGAUGUGGAUAUAUUUGUUGAGUAUAUUAAAAAGAAAUCUCCAAUUCACCCAGCAGUUGAAUGGAGAAUCACAAUCAAAGAUUUCAUCGAUGUUGAAGAAAAUGUUGUUGGAAGCACGAAAGUGUUAUUAGAUGGAAAUUGUCGUCAAAGUGAAUGUAAUUUAGGAAACUUCAUCACAGAUGCGAUGGUUGAUUGGCAUGCAACGAAUUAUAAUGACGGUGAACAUUGGACUGAUGCAGCAAUUGCCAUCAUUCAAGGAAGUAGGAUCAAAGCUUCUAUUGAUUCAAAAAUGAAUAAUGGAAGAAUUUUAAAAAGUGAAGCAUCAAACGUUUUCCAGCCAGCAUUUUUCAAUCUUAACUUGGUAAACUUUACUGGUGACGAACUUUUGAAACUUCUUGAACAUUCAGUAUCGACUUAUGGAAACAUAAAUAAUUUGGAAUUCUUACAAAUGUCGGGCAUUCAAGUUACUUUCGAUGUGAAUAAGCCUGUUGGUCAACGUGUCACUGAUGUUAAAGUUCUUUGUGCACAAUGUAGCGUUCCUGAGUUACAAACAUUACAACCAACGGGACAUUACAAAGUCAUCAUGCAAUCGAUUUUAGCUUCUGGUGCUGAUGGAUUUGGAACUGUGAUUGGAACUAAAUUGAAUGAAGAUUUGGGUGAAUCUGACUUUAACGUUUUCAUUGAAUAUCUUGAGAAGAAGUCACCAGUUCAUCCAGCUGUUGAAUGGAGAAUAACAAUCAAAGAUUUCGUUGAUGAUAAUGAAGUUGUUGGAAGUACAAAAGUUUUACUUGACAGUAUUUGCACUCAAAAUGAAUGCAAUUUGGGUAACUUUAUCACUGAUGCGAUGGUUGAUUGGAAUGCUUUGAAUCAUCAUGAUAGUGAAUAUUGGACUGAUGCUUCGAUCGCUGUCAUCCAGGGAAGUAAAAUUAAAGCUUCUUACCAUCCAGAAUUAAACGAAGGAAAAAUCACAAGAAAAGAAGCUGCAGACGUUUUUGAACAACAAUUUCAUAAUCUUAGUGUGGUUGACUUGACCGGAGAAGAACUUUUGAAACUUCUUGAACAUUCAAUAUCAAAUUUUGAAAAUCAAAAUAAUUUUGAGUUCCUUCAAAUGUCGGGCAUUCAAGUUACUUUCGAUGUGAAUAAGCCUGUUGGUCAACGUGUCACUGAUGUCAAAGUUCUUUGUGCGCAAUGUAGCGUUCCUGAGUUACAAACGUUGGAGCCAACGGGACAUUACAAGGUCAUCAUGCAAUCAGUAUUAGCUUCGGGUGGCGAUGGAUUUGAGACUGUGAUUGGAAUGAAGCCACAUCAAGAUUUGGGUGAAACUGAUGUCAAUGUUUUCAUUGAGUAUCUUGAGAAAAAAUCUCCAGUUUAUCCAGCUGUUGAAUGGAGAAUAACAAUUACCAGAGGCUCAAUAGAAGUACCAGCAACUGAAGAACCUACAACCGUCGAACCCACCACAGCAAGUGCAACUUCGAGUUUUUAUAACUUUUCAGUUGUUUUAAUUCUGUUGCCAACAAUUUUAAACUUUUUAAACAAAAACUGA